AGUGUGUUCGGAGCCAGCGACCGGAAUGGACAUUGAACUGCGACCGGAAAACGGUCCCAAAGCGGGGAGGCCGUCAAGUUGAAAGCGCACAGGAGGCUUCCUUGUGGCCCUCGGCAGAGCAGGCGUUCAGUCUGCGGCCCCUCGCUCAGUGUCGGCGCCAGUCAGGAUGUGAAAUCAAGUGGUUGGCUGUGAGAAAGGGAAACUUUCUGGGCAAGACCGAGGAGAGGUGUUGUAGCACAUCUUUGGGUGAGAAGUGAUUGGGGAGUUGGGAAAGCGCCUUCCCGGGAGAAGGGGUACCUGCUAACAUGGCAACACCACGACUUCAGCGAACGAUGUCCCGAACGGGCGAAAGUUUAUAUAAGGCACUAGGAUUGGAGAAAGGAGCUACACCAGAGGAGAUCAAAAAAGCAUACAGAAAACUCGCUCUCAAAUAUCAUCCAGACAAAAAUCCAGACAACCCUGAUGCAUCAGAAAAGUUUAAAGAAAUAAACAAUGCCAAUGCUAUUCUGAACGAUGACAAUAAGAAACGCAUCUAUGAUGAGUAUGGCUCAUUUGGACUAUAUGUGGCUGAGCAGUUUGGAGAGGAGAGUGUCAAAUACUACUUUUUGAUGAACAAAUGUUGGUUUAAGGCUCUAUUUAUAUGCUGUGGCCUACUCACUGGAUGCUGCUGUUGCUGUUGUUGUUGCUUCUGUUGCGGAAAAUGUAAACCAUCAGGUGAAAUGGAAGAUUAUGAUAUUAUUAAUCCUGAAGAUUUGGAAGCACAGAUUAAAGCAGAACACACUGGUGAUGAUGGGGUAAACGUUGUUAACACUCAACCAGAAGCAAGUUCGCCAUUAGAAAAUGCAAAUAAAGAACGGCAGGCGUAAAUGUUGACUUCAUCAUUCAUCCAGUCUGAAUCAUUGGAAUCUUAAUCAACUCAGCUGUUAUCAGACCAAAAAUAUGGCUGCAGGAGUGAUAACUAGAAAAGGAGGAUCCAGGAUGUGUUUCAACUAAACAUUUGAGGGUUCUGAAGACUAAUUUUAAUUGAAUGUAACUGGGAUGUAAUGUAACUGAGAUUAUGAUGGUUUCCUAAAGGAUCUUCACAUGCAACCGAUGCAUUUGUAAAUUUUUGUACACUGUUUAUGUUGGUAAAUUCAACUACAGAGCAACUGAAUCAUUCUUAUGGGAAAUAACCUAUUUUAAACAGACUCAUUUCGCUUUUAUUUUUUUUUAAGUAGUUAGGUCUUGAACAGAAAUCAUAACUUUAUACUUCAAUCCACUGAUUCUGUAAGUGAAUAGAAAAGGUAAGAAUUUUCACGUUGCACUGAUUUUGGACUUUAUAAUGAAUAGCUGCUGGCAAAACACUGCUCAGUGUAAGACUUAUGAACUGUAGUUUUGGCUGGAGUACACUUUUACUAUGUUUACCACCAAAGUUUGUCUUGUUCAACGUGUAUAAACAGUAGUUAUAUCAAUUUUUAUUUGGGAAUAAAAGUGUGUCUUUAAUAUUUCUGAUAUUGAAUUAAAAGUAAUUUAAUGUAUAAGGGCAUUUAAACAUUUCGAUAGGGAGCAGGUGUGUAAUGUGCAGCAGCUAUAAUUGACCAGGUAGAUGUUUUUGUUUAAAAGGCAUAAUUUAUUAGAAUUAAAGCCUAAUGAUUUUUUUUUACAUUUUACGGGUUGCUGGCUCUGUCAAGCUGUAUUCAUCUUUAAAAAAGCAUAUAUUUGGCCUCGUCGUACUGUUCAGCACAGCACUUUUAUUAAUGAUUGAAAUUUGUGCCAAAUAGUUAAUUAAGUGGAUUCAGUUAUCAGAAAUGUCUGUGAAAAGUUAAGUUUGUAUAUUAUAAUCCCAAAUCCCUGGGUACACAUGUACAGUAUCAGCUAAAUUGAAAAUGCAAGUUUGCCAUUUGACUCCUAUGUCUUAUUAAAAAGGUAGUCUGACCAAAAAUAUUCUGUCACUUAAGUGUAGAAGAUUAAUGUUGACCUUCAGAUUUACAAUAUAUUUAGUUGUGAAUCUCGUGCUGCUAUUGUCAGGAUUUGAAUUUUCUGGAAGUCAUUGUUUCACUUCCUUUACCAUAUUUCUAAAUAGAUUUUAUGGUGAGAUCAUAAAAUCUUAGACGUGCAGAUUUCACCAGAAAUAAAAUUUGUUGGUUAUGCAUUAAGAUUCUUUAACUAAUGGUUCCCAAUAAAUGAGAUAAAAUGUAGUGCAAAAACGUUUCGCACUUUACAGUGUAAUCCUUAUAAUCUGUUGAAAAGUCAUCCAUUGUUCAUUUUUGUUUGGUGUGUCCAGUUCGUUUGCAAUGUCGGGUCAAUUUUAAAAACUCAUUCACAAACACAAAUGGUGAAAGUGAAUUUCCAUAAUGCACCGUGGCUGCAACUGAGCGAGAACAUUUGAUUUAAUGGACCACUGACACUAAUGUGAUUUUUUUUUUUUUUUUUUUUUAACUGACUUCAUGCAUACUUACGGCCAAAUUUUACAGAUGCCAUAUAUAUAAAUAUUACAAUUGCACAUUAAUUGGAUUGUUUAAUUUUUCUAUGGUGGUCAUUCAAAAAGACAAUAAAGCACUGGAAUUUAUGGUGUUUUAAAAAUGUAGAGCAUAAAUUACAUCCAUAGCCUCAACCUUGCGUUCACUUUAGUUUUGUUAGAAUUGGCGACUACUCUUCCAUAUGAAAUUGGGAUGUUCUUUUACCUGUAAAACUGGUUUUCUUUCCUCAAUUUUGGUCUAAAGCAAACAAAUCUUUAUAUUGCUUGUAGACUGAUCAUAUUUUUUAAUAGUUUCCGCAAUUUAGUCUUGUUAAAUGAGUUUUGAGCUGUCACUAGAUUUAAUCAUAUUGUGCAUGCCAACUAAAAUGUUUUUUACAAGCAUUGUAAGAGAUUAAUCAAUGUAAACAACAUAUUUGAAAAAGUGUCGGAAUUGGCAACUAUUUUUAUUGAUUUGGGUAAAUGUAAAUUGAAUUUAUGCUUCAUUUAUAAUGCAAUGACUGAAUUUUUUUAAUUGAUCAUUUUGUUGUGUUUAAACUUAUUAUUGUACCCAAAGGAUCUGUGCACAUAUUUUAAUGUAUAUGUUUACAGCUGUCAAAAUUCAGCAAUGAAAAUAGUUUUAUGUUAAGCUAUUAACAGAACAAGCAUCAUUGAAAAAACUCUUAAAGUUGCAGUUUAUUAUUGUAUCAAAUUUUUGCAGUCACUAAAAAACAAUUUAGUACCCAUUUGAAAACAUCACUGAAUUAGUUUCAAUUUAAAGUAUUUAACAUUGCAGAAAAUUUAAACUUGAACAACAGAUAAAUCCAAUUUAUCUAAAGUCUUGAUACAUUUUAGAACUUCUGUUCCAAUGUAGAUACUGGAAUGUCUUUCAAAAUGUGCAACUUUAUUUUGUAUUCUAAUCCAUGGCAUUUAAAAUAAAAUCUGGAGCUCCCACUCCUGCUUCUUAAGAUGAAGAUGGCCCAACAAAUGAUAAUAUGCCUGCAUAUCUUGUUACCUGAUCUUCCUUUAAGCACCAAACAGUAGGCAUAUUUUAAAUUUAUGUGAAUAACAAAAAAAAAGUUCUUAUGUGUGGAAUUGUCGAGUAUGUUGGCCAAUAUAGCUUAUCCUUAAUUUUCCAUUAUGUUUUUCAUCUUCUAGGAUUUAUGAUUGUAAAUUAUGAAGCAGUUAAAUAAUUACAUUUGAUGGCUGUAUUUUGGCAGAUACUGGAUGUGACAGAUGUCUUGAGUAAAAUCUAAGAAGGGGCCAUUUA